AUGAAAGCCUUGGGAACGAUUAUCAAAUCUAUAAGUAAAUCGAUCCGUCGACGAAACAAGAAGCAAGCUACCAGCGGUAAUGGCAAAGAUGAUGCUGUGGCUGAAGUAGUCCAAGGCUCAUCAAAUGAAUCACGACUGUUGAUUUCUGAACCGAUGAGCAUAUCAGUUGUAGACGAAAAGUCCACGUUUGACUUCAAUUCAAGCUUUCAGUUUACUGUUGAUGGUCCUCAGAGGCAUCUGCUCGGAAAAAGACUCGAUGAUGAUUAA